AUGACAACAAAUUUUAGAAUUUUUAAUAAUAAUUUAAAUACACAAUCUGAAGAUUUUAUUAAUUUAUCAGAACCACCAAAACCUAAGGAUUCACCAAUGUUAGGUUUUGAAAACGGUAUAUAUUAUAAUAGUACCGAUAUUAAUAAUACUACUAAUAACAAUGAUAUUGAUCCAAAUAAUAAUAAUUCUAGAUUAUUUUAUGGACCCAAGAGAUUAUUAUUUCCAAGAAGAAGGUCAACAAAUUAUAUGGAUGCAUUGACAUUAAGUGAAAAACAAAAAAAUAAAAAUAGAUUAUUUGGGAAUAAUCAUAAUCAUCAUAAUAGUUUUAGUAAUAGUACAAAUAAUUUUAAUGGUGAAAAUUUUUAUACUUUUAAAGGUGAUAUAAGUACAAAGAGAAGUCAAAGAAGAAAAUCUUUAUUAUCUGGAAUGGAUUUUCAAGAUACAAGACAUGAUAUUCAAAAUUCAAAUGUUUCUUCGGAUAAUAAUUCGAUUAAUGAUUAUACUUUACAUCAUCAUAAUAUGGGUGAUUAUAUUCAAAGACCUGAAUCACCAGAGUAUAGAUCGAAACCAAAUCAUUCUUUAUUUAAAAAACAAUAUAGAUCAGAUGGAGUCACAGCUGGUACUGAGACUAAUAAUAAUUUAACUCAAGAUGAUAGUGAAUCUGAUACAGAAAGUAUACCAUCAAGAAGAUCAUUAAGUAGAGGGAGAAAAUUAAGUUUUGAAUAUGAAGAUUUUAAAAAAGAUAUUUAUAAUAAAUUAAAUUUCUUUGAUAAAAAUUAA